CGAACCGCCGAGUGGAGCGGACGCGUCCUUAGCUGCCUCUACUUGAGUGAACCAACUCCACUCUACUCACGUGAUCGCGAGUGAAUAUAAAUUUCCAAGGUAUUUAUUUGUGUUGAUGUUCUAAUUCCGUGAUUUAUGUUUGGACGCUUUUUUUCGAGUGCGGAAAGAUUCCACCCCCGGGACAUGACGCCGAUGGAAUACAAAAUAUGCAAUGUAAAUAGUGUACGAUGAUUACUGGUGGGGACCAGCGUGCCGUUAGUCGACCAUCAUGUACAUUGUAACAUGAAGUCGAGCAAUUUCAUCUUGUGUAUCAGCCUUAUCUGGCUCAAUUUGACUGACGCUAAAAUUGGAUAUUUUUGGCACAUCACUGAUCUUCAUUAUGACCCAUUCCACAAUUCGCCAGAGUUCCACAGAGGUUGUCGCCACAACCGUGGAAACAGCGAGCACAGCCAUCGCAACGGCAGACACCGGGACCAUACGUGUGACAGCUCAUAUUCCUUGAUACAGAGUGCCGCCGCUUUCAUGGCGGAGCGACAUCCAGAUACGCUCGAGUUUGUGCUUUGGACAGGAGACAUCCUCUCAUCAACAAUGGAACACACAAGUGAAGAGUUCCAGCUGGAAGCAGUUAGAAAUGUAACGGACGUUCUAAGUCGAACAUUCAGCAGUCAGUUCGUGUUCCCAGCGCUGGGGCACAACGACCCCUCACCUUCGAGACGCCUUAUGGAUAUGUGGAUGCAGUGGCUACCUUCUGAUGCUUUACAAACUUUUGAAGAGAGUGGAUUCUAUACGAUAGAGCAGUCGCAUAGCAAACUAAGAAUUGUGGUGUUGAACAGCGUGUUAUGGUCGGGAGGAGGAUUCAGAUCUGAGAAAAGUACUCAUAAAGCCAAAGCCCAGUGGGAAUGGUUGGAACAGGUGCUCAGCAAAGCUAGGAGAAAAAAUGAAAUGGUCUAUUUAGUAGCGCACGCCGGCCCUGGUGUAGAAGAACGCACGACUGCAACCACCGCUGCAGCGGUCGGAGGAGGCGAGCUGACGCCUACAGCAAAUUCUAGACUACUGCAUGUUAUUAGAGCGUUCAGUGACGUCAUUGCUGGACAGUUCUAUGGCCAUCGUCAUGCAGACACCUUCAGACUUAUUUACAACGAAGGUCGACCAGUUUCGUGGGCAUUACUGGCUCCGUCGGUGACGCCGCGUGGUGCCGGCAGUAUAUCAAACCCUGGAUUGAGGCUUUAUAAAUUCGAAUCUAUCACUGGAAAGGUGUUAGACUAUACGCAGUAUUACCUAGACGUGACAAACUCAAGAGGAGAGUUCCACUGGACUGUAGAAUAUAACUUGACACAGUAUUAUGGAUUAAGAGACGUCAGUGCAGUAUCCUUAGAUGCUCUCGCUGAAAAAAUACGAAAUCACCAAGACCGAGGGAUUUUUGCAAAAUACCUGUCAUCUCUUCGGGUCCGUAUGACGUCAGACAUAUCAGAUUGCGACGCAGCCUGCGCACACGUUCACUUUUGCGCAAUCACGCGCGCAGACUACCACGAGUUUCGCUCGUGCGUGCGCAACCCAGCCUCAGCGCUAGCGUCCCGCGCCCCACACAACUCUGCAGCCAUUUUGCUUUACGCCAUCUUGAUUCUAAUUUCCUCCUAAAAACCACGCAAGUGUGAAUAUAUAUUUUUCAAUUCAUUUACCAGAUUACAUUGCUUUUGUGUGUUUUAUGACCAAUUUCACUACCUUCGGUUUAAUAAUUUCAGGUAGGUACUUCAGUAGGUACCAAUUUACAAGAUAAAUUGCGCAGUAUUUCAUAAUUGUGUGUACCAUAUUAAAUUUACGUUGAAUAAAGUUUUCACAAAACAAAGAUGCGUGAAUAUCUUGCAAAUGUCGCCAAAUCUUGUGUGUAUAGAAAAGCUCAUUACGCGAGUUUCAUGGGAAAACGAGUUUCAGCACGUAACGUAAGUAAGCAACAUACCAUUUGUUUCCGUUAGACGAUUUAUUUAAUUAGAUUUUCAAUUAACCGUAUUAGAAGGUGGUGGAAUGAGCCCUUAGCGUGUUUGUAGGUUUUCGUG